AUGGAGCCCGACGACCAACCAGAGGAGAUCAACAGACUCCGUUCCCUCUUCUUCGCUUGCGAUGCUAAUCGCUCCGGGCGCAUCGAACGGGAAGAGUUCAGCGCCUUGUGUGCCGAGCUGAAGGUCCGGCCCGAAGAGGCCGAAGCGAUUUUCCAGCGGCUGGACGCUGACUGCGACGGGGAGAUCACCUUCCAGGAGUUCGCCCGGGGCUUCCAAGGAGCCAGCCGGCGGCGGCGGCGGCGGCGGAGCUGGGACGAGCGGCCGCCGCAUCUGGCACAGGUUGCAGUGUCGGAGGAGACGGACCAGGAAGAAGAGGGAGAGGCAGCGGCUCUGGCUGCUCCGUGGGGCAUGGAGAGUUUGGGCCAAGCGUGGCACGACUUCCAAGUCCGGCUCGGGGAGGAAGCCAAGUUCAUCCCUAGAAAAGAACAAGUUAGCGUUCUGUAUCAGAACAUCAACAUUUUGGAGCCAAGAUUAAUUCAACCUUACGAACAUGUUAUCAAGAACUUUAUCCGAGAGAUCAGACUUCAAAGCACUGAGAUAGAAAACCUAGCCAUCGCGGUGAAAAGAGCCCAGGACAAAGCAGCCAUGCAGCUGAGUGAGCUAGAAGAGGAGAUGGAUCAGAGGAUCCAAGCCACAGAACAUAAAACGAGGAAAGAUGAGAAACGAAAAGCUGAAGAGGCACUAAAUGAUCUCAAACGUCAGUAUGAAGCAGAAGUAGGAGAUCUUCAGGUGACCAUCAAAAAGCUAAAAAAGCUGGAAGAACAAUCGAAGACCUUAAGUCAAAAAGAAGAUGUGGCUGCAUUAAAGAAAAGAAUUUAUGAUUUGUCAACAGAAAACCAAAAAGUUAAAAAAGAUCUUUUAGAAGCACAAACAAAUAUAGCCUUUCUUCAGAGUGAAUUAGAUGCUUUGAAAAGUGACUAUGCUGAUCAGAGUCUGAAUUCAGAAAGGGACCUGGAAAUAAUCAGAGAAUAUACUGAAGAUAGAGAUUGCCUUGAGAGGCAAAUUGAAAUGCUUCAAACAGCGAACAGAAAACUACAUGACAGUAAUGAUGGAUUAAGAAGUGCACUGGAAAACACAUAUAGUAAAUACAACAGAUCGUUGCGUAUAAAUAAUAUAUCACCAGGGAGCACACUUUCUAGAAGCAGUCCCAAGUUUAAUGGUCAUUCUCCUCAGAAUUUGCGGUACGACAGGUCAUCACGUUCUUCGUACGUGGAUGAGGAUUGCGAUUCAUUAGCACUUUGUGAUCCAAUGCAAAGGAUAAGCUGUGAAGUCGAUAGCCUGCCUGAGAGUUGCUUUGACAGUGGCCUGUCGACUUUGAGAGAUUCUAAUGAAUAUGAUUUUGAGGUGGAAGACAAGCAUCAAAGGAGUUUUCAAAGGUCACGGUGCACGCAGGAGAGCUUUGGGGGUGAUGCGUCUGAUACAGAUGUUCCAGAGAUACGAGAUGAAGAGGCCUAUGGUUCUGACAACAUCAGUAUGAUAUUAGGCUGGAAACCCUCAGAAUCUGUUGUUGAGGGAAACUUUGGUACUUCUUCAAGAAAGCCUAUAUCAGCCCUCUCACCACAGGCGAACUUGGCUGAUGACAACCAUAAAUAUCCUAGCUCAGAAAAGGCAUAUAAAAUUGUCCUUGCUGGAGAUGCUGCUGUGGGGAAGUCCAGUUUUCUCAUGAGGCUUUGUAAGAAUGAAUUUCGAGGAAACACUGGCGCCACCCUAGGAGUUGAUUUUCAAAUGAAGACUCUUAUUGUGGAUGGAGAACGUACGGUUUUACAGCUUUGGGAUACAGCUGGUCAAGAGAGAUUCCGAAGUAUAGCCAAAUCCUACUUUAGAAAAGCAGAUGGUGUGCUGCUGUUAUAUGACGUGACCUGUGAGAAAAGCUUCCUAAAUGUACGAGAAUGGGUAGAUACAAUCCAGGAUGCAGCACGUGAAACAAUUCCAAUUAUGAUGGUGGGAAAUAAGGCAGAUCUUUAUGAAACAGCUUUGGCCCAGGGACAGAAAUGUGUGCCAAAACAUUUUGGAGAAAAACUGGCCAUGACUUACAGUGCCUUAUUCUGUGAAACGAGUGCUAAAGAAGGCUCCAACAUUGUGGAAGCUGUUCUUCAUCUGGCUCGGGAAGUGAGAAAAAGAGCUGAUGAUGAUGACAGCAAAUCAAUUACCAACUUGACUGGGACAGGUGCAAAAAAGUCAGCACAGAUGAAGAACUGCUGUAAUGGUUAA